AUGAGAGGAGUGGGAAGUUUGAGGAAGGAACAGGAGAAGGCAGCAUUGGACAUUGAGAAUGAGGGAAGCUUAGAUUUCAACAUAGAUCAGAUACUGGACAUGUUUGAAGAUAUACAAACAGAACUCAGACAAGAAGAAUUGCGCAUGUUAGAGGAGUAUUCAAAUUAUGAACAAAGUUUACUGCUGGAAGAAAAGUCAUUGUGUUCCGCCAUUGAUAAACUCUCCACCAUAGAAGUCAUAUGUCCCAUGUGUAAAAAAAACACUCUGCUUACCAAUAAAUCUGUGAUAUUUUGCCGUUGUGGUCUUCGAAUCAAUACUGAGCAAGAUUGUCUGACUCUGACUAAUGUGAAACAGAUGUUGGACACCGGCUUGGAACAACAUGGAGAAAAAUGUGACUGUGAACCUGUAUAUACUGUGAUGUCAGAAACUGGAACCAGCAACCUUUUAAUGACCUGUCCUGACUGUGAUUGGAUGUCGGUUGUGAUAUAGAAGCGGUUGUCCCCUGCAUUAUUGCAUGUCUCGUUGUGUUCAUUAUGCACCAAGCAAGAGACUCUCACAUUUGUGAUAUUUAUGCUCUCUAUAAUUUGUUUCUUACUGGACUCCAUACAAAUAUAAACUUGUUCAUCAUCAUUACAUGGAUUUUUUUUUUUGGUUUUCAAGUGUUAUUUAGGAUGUUAAGAUACAGUAGAAGAAUAUUAUUGAAGAAGUUAUACCAGUUCAGUUCAAGUUAAGAAACAAAAAGGACACUAGUUUGAUACAGCUGCAGUAGAUAACAGUUUGUUUAUCCAGAAUAAAGGAAGGUUGUGUUGUAAUAUUUUUUAUGAUACUGUAUUUAAAGGGAAGUUUGGGUAAUUUUUCAAGAAAUAAAUUCAUGCGUAUCUCAAACAUCAUUUGACAUGAUCAAACCUCACAGGAUUGUUACUCAACAUAUAAAAAUAUACAUUCAGUGAGGAGUGAGGACACCAGUGUCUUUGGACACGCAGAUAGUUUCUUUCUUCUUUUUUGCUGUAUAUGAAUAAACAUUCACUGAAAUAUACAUAAUCUAGUACACAAUAAACAGUGCAACAAGAUGUAGCAGAGUAUGUGUACCAAAACAGAACAAGUAUAAUUUCUAUAGUAAAUUGAUCAUAUAUAAACAAUGAUUCAAUUAUGAUACUUUAUAUGUAUGUUAAAGGAAGAUGUGGUGUUGAUGGAUAAAAGAAUGGAAAAAAUAAGAAAAAAGCCCUUUAGAACUCGAGUGUUUGUGAAGCUGUUAUGAAAAUGCUCUCUUCUAUGUUUAUCAUUACCAGAAUGGUGUAAAUGUGAUAUGUUUUUGCUGAUGCAUGUAAAUAUGUAUAUAACUUAUUUAAAAAAGUAAAUGUUAUAAAAGCUG